AUGACCGGGCCCCGCCGCUCAUCGAACGUCGAAUCGCCGCCAGAAUCUUUCUUACCCACCCUACCAGAUGAUAGAGCGGAGCCAUCAACUAAGCCUAGUACCGUCACAUCCUCGCCAACCUCCAUCUCACCAUUUCCAUCUCAACCCCGAGACACCACGCCACUUUCCCUCCCUCCAUCCGCCCUCGCCGGCAAGACCCUCGACCUAACUCUCCUCACAACCGUGCACGCCCUCUCCGUCCUCCUCACCGGCGUUUGGCCACCCCCAUCCCGCCGCACGCGGCUCACCAACCUUAUAUCCUCCGCCACACUUCCAGCAUUGUUCACCUUCUCCUGCUCCACAAUAAUGCACGCCUACUUCUACGCCCCCUUCCGCCUCCCCCACGCCUACGUCUCCUGGAUAUCGCGCUUCGCGCGGCUGGACCCGCGUCUUCUGCGCGCUCUGCGCGAGGCCCGCUUCGGGAACUGGCGGUAUGGCAGAGAUGACGGGCUGGGAGGGCUGCUGGGCGAUAUGGCGCAGGACCUGGGGUUGCCGAGGACGUGGGGGGAUCCGGCGAAGACGGUGCCGGUGCCGUGUCAGCUGGUGCAUCAGGGGAUGGGGAAGGGGUGCGAGGUGAAUGCCGGGGUGAGAUUUGCGCGGGCCUGGGUCGAGGCGGCCAAAAUGUACCUGCCGCUGAGACUGGGCGUGGUUGUGCUGCGGUGGCUACUGCGGCUGCGACGCCAACGCUUGUACGGCCGGGGCACGGCACCUGGUGCCAGGACAGCAGCGGCGCCGCUGUCGCGCCUUCUCAUCCCCGCUCUGGCUGACGCUGCACGCUCCUCCGCCUUCCUAGCCGCCUUCGUAUCUCUCUUCUACUACGGCGUCUGUCUCGCACGCACGCGCCUUGGUCCCCGCAUCUUCUCCCCCAAGACCGUGACGCCGCAGAUGUGGGACUCGGGCCUGUGCAUCCACGCCGGGUGUCUGCUCUGCGGGCUCAGCUUCCUGGUCCUGCCCACUGAGGGUAACGGUACCAGCAGCAGGAGGGCGGAUAUCGUGUUUUUCGUGCUGCCGCGGGCGUUGGGGGUCUGGUUCCCUAGACGGUAUGAGCGGAAAUAUCUCUGGCGGGAGGGGGCUGUGUUUGCGGUCGGGGCUGCGGCCGUGGUCACUGCGGCGAUGGAGCGCCCCGAGAUGGUCGGUGGAGUGUUGGGGAGGGUGCUGAAGGGUGUCUUUGCUGAAUAA